UAAAUAUCGUUCGGAGCGCUCAACUCUGAAUAGCUAAUGUUAGCUAGCUAAUUAUUUGUGGCUCUUUCAAAACACAUUUUUAAGAAGACGUUUAAAAUGUACCCUGACUACAUAUGAAAGUAACCAGCUAGCCUAGCCCAAGUUGUCAUUCCAAAACAUGAUUCAUCAGUUUGUUAGUCUAGCAAGGAAGUAUGGGUAAACAAACGUUAGUGUCAGUGACUUUUGAAUUAUAUCAACAUUUGUUUUUACAAUGUGGCUACAGCCAAAUAUUUUUUUUUAAACAGGAGUGGUUAGUGGUGGAGGAGUUAAACCUAUUGCGUCUCUGUGUUAUCAAGACGAGGAGGGUAAUCUUGAGGGCAAAGGGCAAGUGGGGAUGAAUUCCUUCAAUCUUCUGUUCCCAUGGCUAACAGCAAAGAGAAGCAAAAGACUAACUGCAUUUGAGAUGUUAUCCAUGGAUUGCACUCCAAGGGAUUAACAGAUACUCUGAAUGAUGAUUAAGAAUCACGAAGAAGAUGAGUUUGUUGCUGUGCGAGUCCAAGAUCCUCGGGUUCAGAAUGACGGGUCUUGGAAUUCAUACGUAGAUUUCAAGAUAUUCCUACACACCAACAGCAAGGCCUUCACGGCCAAGACGUCAUGUGUGCGCCGGCGCUACAGUGAGUUUGUCUGGCUCAAGAAGAGGAUGCAGAAGAACACUGGCUUGGUACCUGUCCCAGACCUGCCCAGCAAGCCCUUCUUCUCCUCUAGUGGUGAGGACUUCCUUGAGAAGAGGAGGAAAGGCCUGCAGUCCUUUCUGGACAAAGUGUGUAGCAUGACAGUGUGUCUGUCAGAUAGCCAGCUCCACCUCUUCCUGCAAACCCAACUGCCGGUUGGUCACAUCCUGGACUGUGUGCAGGGCCACACCCCCUACACGGUGACAGAGGCCAUCCUCACCUACGGCUCAUCCAAUCAGGGCCGGGUUCCAGAAGAGGACUCGGCCCAGGACCCGAGUCUUACUCCAGUUCCGUAUGAGUCCAUGGAGAGCCGUGUUCCUCAUCUACCUACCCUGCAAUGUGAAGAGCCCCUCACCCCUGUGAACCUCACCUCCAGUAAGCCAGAGGGCCAAUGGACUGAGAAGUUCCUAGCUGACCCCCAUGACAUAGACGCUGUAGAGUUACAGUUGAGAGAGUUACUCGGUGAGACCCCUUCCUCAGAGGUCACCCAAGAGGACCACGAUGUAGUCCAGGUAGAGGCCGUCCUGGAGACACACAGCCCAGUGGAGACUAUCUUUAAGUGGGGCGGCCAUGAAGACUCUACCCCAGAAAGGCUCGACCAUGAGGAGGUGAUCCACCACCAAGGGGAUUGUCAACAGCUGACUCUUGUGGAAGCGCACUGUGUAAAGGACACCGGCUUGGAGGAGGAGUGUGUAACGGAGGUGAAGAAUGAGAGGGUCAUUGAGGAGACCCAUACAGACAUCCCUCCCAAACAGAGUAGCCCAGAGCUAGACAUCCAUGAGGAAACCCCUCAAGAUGGCCUAAGGGAGACAGUUCUAGAGGACCUUAACCCUGCGGAGGAAGCUCAAGAAACAACCUCAGAAGGGGACAGCGACAAAGACACAGUAACAGCCAUUGAGCUGGACAGCCAAGGACACACGAAUGAGAUCAACUCCCACGUAGAGGUGGAAAGUGUUGAUGACUUAACCCAAGAGGUAGAAAAUUGAGACGUUGCAACCCAAAAGGUAGAAGUCGAUGACUCAUCUCAAGGUGGAAAGUGGUGAUGAGACAACCCAAGGGAAGACUCCCUUCGACAUUCAACAAGUAAAUAAUCAGCUGGACACAACAGAAGCGGUUCACAGUGACGAGGAAAUUAAUGGAGAGGACGGGGAGAGUCUUGGGAAUGGGGAGACUACAACAUCCGAUGGGAGUAAUAAGGAGAACGACAACAAGGACAUGAGACAAAUGGCUACAUGGAGUCAGCUCCUGAGAAGGGACAUCACAAAACAGACCACAGAGGCAGAAGAAGUCCUCAAGAACAGACAUUCGAAAGCCCGAAACGAACCAAGAUCCCUCACAUGAAGAAAUAACACCUGAGGUACACAAUGCUCAGCGGACCAAUGGUGUCAAAGUCUGAGAGGGAAUUAGUCUAACUCAACCGGCUGUGUUGCCCAAAUGGCAUUGAUGUGGCAAAUAAUUUGGCAGUUAAUUCACAUGCCUUCUGAAUGCUGUGUGAUCCAGAACUAUGAUGCUGUUAAAAUGUGAGUUUGGAGUGGGUGAAAGUUACUCAAGACAACUUAUCAUGCAAUCAACGUUGACUGUGUUUUAUUCAUAACUUCUGGGGGAAAAUAGUGUCAUCCUGCAUGCGUUCCCUUAGGCAUUCUGUGUUGCUUUUGUGGGGCGGUUUCUGGGUUCAGCUUGAACAAACAGGGAUGAGUGUCGUUCCACCUAAAAGCACAAGAAUUGUGCUGAAAUUAUUUCUGUAAUUAGAAACAAGUUUCAUUCCUGAAACAUUAUUUUGUGGAAAUAUGAUUUGAUCUCUGAGAAAUAAAUGUAGUACCUAACAUCCUA